UGAUGAGAUGAGAGGAGAUGAGGCGUGCGAGAGCGGUUUUAGAACGUCCUUUCGCUGGAGGCCUCAUUUCACUGGAGGACUCUGGAAGACCAUGGAGGACCACCCCGGUGCACCUACCGAGUGGGCCGCAACCGUCCCCCGCUCGAUGAGGGGCUACAGCGGGAUGCAGGAGGACUGGAGGUCGUAAGCCAGGAUGGUGAUUGUGUUCGUAACCCGGGACCCCUCACGACCACAGCCAUGGGGGGCAUCUGAGCAGACCCUGCUGAAAAGGAUGACUGUGUUACUGUACGUGUACUCUCUGUUUACGUGGUUCGGCGGCGGUACCCCCACGUGAGUAACACCGGGGGAGGGGGGCGGGUGACGCGUCCGCAGAGCGGUUCAAAUCGAAGUGGAAGCGGCGCGAGGGGCCGUACGCGCGCCGAGCUCGUGGCGGCGGGCUGCUGCAGUAGCCGCGCGCGCGGGGAGCCCUCCGUCUGGUGACGAAUAAAUAUCGAUGAAUCGUUGAUGGAGAACCGGCGAAAAGUGGAACUUCUGAGGUUCUUCGUACAGGAAAGUUUUUGAAACCUCUCCUACUUCUCGCUCCUCAUUGGUUGCUGUACAAUGAGCGCUGGCUCUGCCCAGAAUGUGGAGGUGGAGCAUUUCCUUCGGGACAUUGAGAGGCGGGGCAGUCGGCUGCAUUGCGCUGCAAUUGGGCAGGACGACACACGUACGCAUGAUGAUGUGACCCUGCUCUACCGCCAGAGCCACCUGGACUGGAGGCACCGAGACCCUGGUGGUGUCAGCCAGAGCUCCACCCAUAAGGAUCCCUCUGCCGCUGUGGCCAAGGUACAAAACGUGGCGUCCUUUCAGCGACACGUCCGCAUGGGCUUUAUGACCGUGCCCGUCUCACAGGAUCUGUUGCCAUGCUCAUCAGCCAUGGUGCCACGCUCCCGGUCCUGCCAUUUGGCGGGAACGGGGGACCUGGAGAACAAACCCCCUGCUGGCCCAACGCCAGGUCUCACCCCCACUCGCCAGCCCCCAGCUAAACCAAAACGGCAUCCUAGCACAAGGCUCAGCUCCAACUCUCACACUGCAGCCCCAGCCUGUGCACAGGUUCCAGUGCGACCUGCAGACAAGAGGAGCGGUGCACCAGUAAAGAAGUGUGAAGCGGUGGAUGUGUCUGCCAGGAAGGUGCCCCCUGUCAAGCCGAAACGGAACCCCAACACCCAACUGUCCUUAGACUCCCCAUCAGCUUGGUUGGCAGCCCCAUCAGCCAACGAACCCCAUUCAUUACAGGAGUCCCAGGGACGAGAGGAGGGGGACAGCGAGGAACCAGUUUAUAUUGAGAUGGUGGGCCGGAGCGUACUCCGCCGUGCUGUCGCUGCCAGAUCCAGCUCAAGCUCAGAGUCAGACCUGAGCGAGGUCAUCUAUGAGGAGAUGAAGUACCCCCUCCCCGAGGAGCCUGAGGUACAGCCGCUGCCCCCUAAGCAGUACAAACCUGGCAAGCCAGUCCGCUCGUCCUCCUGCUGCUCGAAGGCAACAGUGGGAGUCUCCAUGUGCCAUUCCUCCUGUCUCCCUUCAUCUUCCUCGUCCACCCCUGUCCCCUACCCCGUGUCCUCCUGCCCCCAACCCCUAUGUGCUCCCACCUUGUUUCUCAUCCAAGGGAUUAAACUGCCUACAGAGUCCGCUGACAAGAUUCCCGCCCCUUUUCCAAACCUCCUCCAGCACUGGCCCCCGCUGCUCGCCUUCCCGCAGCCUGCUGCUGCCUCCAGUGGGGUGGUGAUCCAGCAGAGGGCUGCUAGUGCAAAGUUGGGAGCAGUAAGCACACAGACUUACGCAGGCCUGGCGCCACCUCCUUACUGCUCCUCCUCCUCCUCCUCCUCCACCACCGCUGUGGCAUCCUCCACAACCAAGCUCCCUGUCCUGCAGCACGGCCACAAGGAGUCCACAGGCUCUGCUGGAGCCCAUGAGGACAAGGUGCGGAUGAAUGGGUUGGGUGUCCACGUGGGACCUGGCCCAGGCCUGCAGGCCCGCAGCCACUCCACUCCCCUGCCCCCAACUUCCCAGUGCUUCCACUACCAGCACUGCCACCCCCAGGCGUCCCACUGUCACCAGUCGCACAGAGCUGAGAAGGAUCUUGUUGUGUCCCACAAUGUGAAGCUCAGCUGCCACACCAUGAGCAGCACCGGUGGGUCGAAGGAGGGCCGGUUCGCGAGGAGGGAGUGGGACAGGGAGCAGGAGGUGGGCGUGUACUCGGCUGCCCCCUCACUCUGCACCAGCUCAGCCCUAGCCGGAAGCUGUGUGACUCUGUCUCCUGACCCCCCCUGCAAUCCAGCCCUUUCCGCCGUGCAGCGCCCCUCUUCCCGGCCCCUCCUCUACUGCUCUCACACCCCCCAGCAAUUACCCUACGGACUGCUGACCUAUCAGGCACCUCUUCCAGUCAGCUCCAUGCUGUGGACCUACCCCUCUUCAGGGCUCAAGAGGCCUCCAGCAUACCAAAGCCUGCGGGGGACAGCGCCACACUUGUUGCAUUCAGAGGGGCGUUCCUUCUCUGGCAGGAGCAGCAUCCCCAGGAGUGGCUCCACCGCAGCCCCACCCCAGCUGGGCACAGGAAGCCUCUCCCGUGAAGGAAGUGUAUGCGAAGCAGCUGUGGAUGAGGGUCCCUGUUGGUCCACGCACAGGAAGGUGUCCUUGAGCCACGGCAGCAGAGACUCUGAGCGGGAUGAUGGCAGUGCAGGUACUCAUGUGCGGAACAAGGGCGAACAGGAACCAGGGACCUCUGGAGGCCAGUCGGGCAUCCCAGUGUGGUGCGGGGGUGUGGGGACUGAGGGUACGGUUCAGAGCUCGGGACCACAGGCCUCAGGCCACUCAAGACUCCACCUACCCUGUCAGACCUUCCCAUCUUGCCAUUGGAAUGGAGAACUGGGCAGACUCGGACGCCCAGCCUCCACAUCAGGGGUGAGGCAGGGCAGCAGCAGUGUGCAGCGACAGAGCAGUUUGCCCAGAGGGAUUCUUAGUCAGCCCCAGCUGCCCUCUCCUCCCACCUGCUCCAUACCACAAUUACAGCUCCAGCUGCACUACCAGCACUUGGCUCAGGGGGCACAGUGGCAGUCCGAAGCCAGCGCAGGCACCUCCCCCCAUUUUCAGAGGGAUGGGAAGCUCCUGGAGGUGAUUGAGAGGAAGCGCUGCCUGUGCAAGGAGAUCAAGGCCCAAAGGCAUCCAGAGAGAAGCCUGUACAAGCAGGACAGCAUGCCCAUCCUGCCGAGCUGGGCAAGGACCCCGGAUGCCACACGUGCAGCCACUCUCCCCUGCCAAAGACAGCAGACCGUGGUGUGGGACACAGCUAUCUGACCUCUAGGGGGAACCAUGGAGUGCAGCUGUGUGAGUGCUGUGGGACAGGACACAGCACAAUGGGUAAAAUGUGGUGCAUUCCUCCUGAGGUGGUUCAUGCUCAGAGAAGUCCUUGUGCUUCCUUCCCUCUGUUUACACUUCCAUCUGGGCGUGUGGGGCCGCACUGCAAAACACAGGGGCUCCUGUCCCGCAGCAGUGUCCUGCUGCCGUUGUUCUUGUAGGGACCUGUACUCAACACACUCAACAUCCGGAGCAAUAAACCACUGUGUUCCUCAGGUUUGUGUCAUGGUUAACCCAACCUUAACCAGCACCACUCAGGGAACGGAAGCUGCAAGCACAGACUCUGCAGCCACACAUCAUCUUUAAUUGUGAAAGGCAGUGCUUUUGGACAGACACAUGUUCAAAUAUACAUGUGCGCACACUGGUGUGGGCAUUUUAUUGUGACUCCUGCUUAAAAAAAACACCCAUUGCCAUUAAUUGUUGACUCUCUGCAGUUUUUCACAAAUCCCAUUUGCAAUUAUUAAUACCAAUUGGACUUAAUCAGGACCAGUUCUCAUACAGCUGAUCCCCAUCAGGUGGUUCUCGCGCACAGCAUCUGAUCCGGUUGAAAAUUGCACCGAAGCAGCUGACUAAGAGAGGCUGAUUGAGAGAGUGUGGGAUGCACUGCAUUGUGGGAUCUGUGUACUCACACUCAGCUCUGCACUGACAGCGUACAGUGUCGUCUACAUAGUCACAUGUUUGUGUUUGGGUUCUCUGUUUCAUACCAAUAUGUGUUAAUUUUGCAAUUAAUACCUAACCCUUCCUGAAGCCAGUCCAUGUGUACUACCACAGUAAGUGUACUUUAUGAAAUCAUUGUAAAAUUCACUAUCCUUCAAGAAGUUUCCGCAAAUAGCUUCUCAUUACCCUAUACAGGCAGUCCCCGCGUUACGAACGAGUUCCGUUCCUCAGUCUGUCUUUGUCAGAUUUUAACGUAACUUGAAAUAGUUAGGUGUGAUGGGUAUCUAAUGUCGGUUAGUCAAAUGUUUGUCUUAGUAUAUACAAACUCCAUUUCCAUAAAAGUUGGGACAC